AGCAUCUCUCUCAACACCCCCACUCCACUCCCAGCCCAUGCAUCGCACGGUUCACGACACUCGCCGGCCCACCCACUACACCCUCUUGCGACUCGUACCCCCCACGACGGCGACAUCUAAUCAUUCCUAGACCAAUCACACGACAAGAGAGCGCCUCCCAACCCUGCCAGCCAGCCUCACGCACGCACGUCCACCCAACCCCCACCCACCCACACUCCGCCGGGCCGACUCUUGUGCUGGCACCCGACAACAGCAGAACAAAGAAACAUUACCCCGCACUUGUGUUACGCGCGCACAUCGCAUCCUCGUGCUCGUGAACACGGCCCCCCAAGGCGGCGACACUUGACACCAUGUUGUGGAAGUUCUCCUUUGCGUCCGGCUCGACGCUCGACACGCUCCUGUCAAGAGAAACGCCCCCGUCGGUCGAGGAGCUGCUCGACGAGCAGGACAUUCUCGCCGAGUGCAAGGCGCAGAAUAACAAGCUAGUCACUUUUCUCUCGCGCGAAGAUAGCGUCAAGAGCCUCCUGACAUGGGUCACUUCUGGCCUUGACGAGCUCGACACCGAGGCCGAGGCGGCGAGCGACGAGGCGUACAAGAAGGCGUUGACGUCGAGCGAGGUGUACCCGCCGUUCAAGGACGGCGCGACGGAACAAGGCGCCAAGGCAGAGAGCAGCAGCGAGGCUCAGACCGAAGAGGAGGUUGACAAUAGCGGACCCUUGACGCCUGCGCUUGGCGUCGGCCUCGGCGAGGGCCUCGAGACGAUCGAGGGUGAAGGCGGGUCGAGCGAUGCCUCGCGCGCAAGGUAUCCCCAGGUUGCGACUGAGAUCCUCACAUCCGAGUUGUGGACGAUACCAGAGACGGUUAUGGGCCACAAGGAGCAGCUGCUCCGCCCGUUCUGGGACGCGGUGCUUGCGCCCUCAGAUCCAAAGGGCACCACCGUAUCGCAUGCGCUCAAGACGGAGCGGGAUCGCGCGGCAAGCCAGUUCUGGACGGAUGAGGAUGAGGAGCGUGAGCGGAAACGCGAGGUCAUCCGCGGACUGUGGAUGCGUGUCAACGCGUCCUUUCUCCAGAAGCGCACGACCGAGAUGGUUCGCUUCAUCCAGACUAUCCCCAAUGUCAUUGAGAGAAUGGUGGCGAGGAUUGAGAGCCCCGCGAUCCAGGACCUGCUGGCGCGCAUCAUCCAGACAGAGGAGGCGGGCGUCACCGACGUCAUGAGCUGGCUUGGCGAGCAGCGCCUCAUCCCCCAACUGCUGGCGCUGCUGUCGCCCCAGCAUCCCCCAUCGACGCAUGCGAUCGUGUCGGACCUGCUCAAGGGAUUGAUCUCCGUGUCGGCGCCCAACUCGUCAUUCAACCCCCACGGCGGGAACGCAAUGGACCAGCAGGGCGGCGGUGCCGGCGCGCACAAGGACAACCGCCUUGUGCGCGAGCUUUCGAACCGCACGAGCGCCGACACGCUCGUGGGGUACAUGCUUGACAGCCUCGAGCUGUCGGACCGCGCCUGGAAAGGUCUUGGCGACGACGAGCACCCCGAGCUCAAGCGCGCCAACGCAUUCAUCGUCCACCCAUUGCCAUCGAUCGCGUCGGCAACGUCGUCGCUCUGCGGCGUGUGCAACGUUGUGGUGGAGGUCAUCAGGAGGAACAACUCGGACCUCGCGGAACCAUACCUGUUCAACACAUUGCGGAACCGCCUCAUGAGUAUCCAGACUGAGCGUCUGCGCAGGUCGCCAUCACCGACUGAGGCCGUCUCGAAUGACAGCGAGGGCGAGGAUGAGACGCGCAAGAAGAUGGAGGAGGUCAUGCCCGAGCUGGCCGACAAGUUUGCCAUUGUGCACUUGGCCAACUUGGUCUCGGCGCUCGUGGACAGGUUUGGCCAGCUCAACCAGCUGUUGAUCGACCCGCGCUCGCAAGAGCGAGUGGCGUCGCCGCUCGUGCCCAAGCCCUUGACAAUGGAGCGCUUCCGUGUCAUUGAGCUCUACGCCGAGCUGUUACAUGCUUCCAACAUGGCCACGUUGAAUCGCGCACCAGGCACUGGGCCCGACUACUCGCCCGACGGCGCGUUAAUGGGCGGGCUGGACGGGCUUGACAAGCUCGGCCGGGCCCUGCAGACCAACGAGUCGAGCGACGACGGGCCCCAGUCGGCUGGUGGUGCCCCAGAGCUGCCCGUGACGCAGCCCCGCGACCCCCCAGAUAGCAGCGGCUCGACCGACUACUCGUUGACCGAGUCUGACGACGUGCCGCUGUCCGACGACGAUGAAACGGCCCCCGCGGCGUCGACAACCACCAUUGAGGUUGUUGUCCCUCCUCCCACUUCAGCCGAGGACGCAGAGCGCCUCCGGAGCGUCAUGGGCAUUGAAUCCAAGUACCAGAGCUCGGACAUUGACGCGUCGCACGCCGCCGUCGCGGCUACGACUAUCGGCGCGCCGACCGUCACGUCUGGCGACCACCCCACGCCAGUCGACGAGCCCCUGUCUAUUGGCGAGCGCCUCAAGCAGCAGUUUAUCCGCUACCGCAUCCUUCCCACCCUGCUCGACCUGUUCUUCGAGCACGCAAACAACAACUUUUUGCACCACCUUCUCUACGACCUGCUGCAGCAGAUUCUCAACGGCAACCUCGGUCACGGCUACAACCGUGAGCUGGUUAUCGAGCUCUUCUCCAACGCCAAGCUUGUCGAGCGCAUUCUCGAUGCCCAGCGCCGCAACGACCUGCAGGUCAAGAGCGAGCCGAGGAAGCCACGCCUGCCGUACAUGGGCCACAUUUCGCUUAUUUCCGAGGAGCUUGUCAAGUUCUUUGCACGCUGCCCGAGCGACUUGUACGAGUUGGUCAGGCCUACGUUCAGCCAGGAGGACUGGACCGCGUACGUCGAGGGUUCGCUCAGCGAGACGAGAGCGCGCGACUCGCAGCCCCUGGCUGGUGGCAAGCCUAUGCCUGGCCUCGGCAGCGCCAUUGGGACCGGCAGCGAGCGAUCGGACAGCGAGAGCGACGACGAUGAGGAUGGCAAUGUCCACAUUGGCGAGCCGCUGUCCCGCACGAUCGCCAAGCAGGCCGACUCGUACAAUGACGGUGCUGGAGAUGAUGACGUAGGCAUGGAGCAGUUCUGGCGGCCAAGCAAUGCGCGAUCGGCAGCCAUGGAUUCGUCGGACGACGACGACGACGACGCGGAUUGGCUCCGUCCAUCGCCGUCGCUUGGUUUCGCGUCGGGUUCUCACCGGGUAGGUGGCGACGAUGACCUGUUUGGGAACCAGGGAGACCUCGACAGCGACGAUGCUUGGGGAGAGUUUUCCUCUGGCAAUGACGGCGGUGGCGGUGGCGAUGGUGCCAACCCCUUUGACGACGACGCCUUUACUCCGUCCUCCUCGACAGAAGUCACGGCCUUUGUCCCCGGCGAGCCAUUAACACCGGCCGACUGGGCAGAGGCCUUUGACCGCGAGUUUGAGUCGUCGCAGCCGACCGAGACGACCACCUGGACAGAAGAGACGGAAGAGGUUCACACAAUCGCCAUGCCUGCGCCCGAGGACACGAGCGGUGACGCAUCGUCGUGGAGCUUUGGCGACGAGGACGAGGAGCACCCUCAGGGCGAGGACCUGCCGAGCGUCAAGGGCGUUACCAAAUCUGUCGACGACCUGUCCCUCCACCGUGUCGAGCGAAGACAUUCGCACACCGAUGAUGCUCUGACUCCAAGAGAAGAGGCGUUGCUGUCUGUGGCGACGCCCGAUCAACCGCUUGGUCCCGGCGUGAGCGCCGACGCGCACGUCGUUGCCGGUGGGUUGAUUGAGCGCAAGCUGCCUGACGGCACGGUUGUGCGGGUACCGGAAGACGACAUUGCCGUGGGGAUCGAGGAGGGGCUCGAGCACCUCGGCCCUGUUGGGCUCGCUGAGCGCGAGAUUGUCAACGCCGAGGAGGAGAAGGAGGCCAAGGAGGAGAAGGAGGCCAAGGCGGAGAAGCAGGACAAGGUCAAGGGUGUACACAAGGCAUAGACGUGUUCAGCAACGCAGCGAGCAUCAGCAUUCAUCCUAUACUUUGCAUGUACCAGCAUUGCAUGAGGGGCUUGGUAGUGUUGUGCCUUGUAGGCAAGCCGCGUGCCCUGGUUGAAGAGCGCGUUGAAACGGUUGCCGAGCAAGCCACUGACUCUGACGAGGGGGAGUGUGAGGUACGGGGUCAACGAGGUACGGUGACCAGCCAACGUUGAAC